AUGCAUUCUUUAUCUUAUGGAAAUAAACAAGAAUCUAAAGCUAAUAUUCACUUAAGAUCACAUGUUAAAUUGGCUGAAUCUUUAGAUCGUAUUCUAGUGAUACCAAAUGUUGGCUCAUCAAGAUUCACAGCAUCUUCGCCAUUUCCCCCAACUUUCUAUUAUGAUUUUAACUUAUUAAAAAAAAUGUUUCCAAAUGCAAAACUUGUCCCUCAAGAAGAAUACGAACAAUGGAUUGAAAAUCAACCAAAUCAUAAAAAAAUUAUUGCUGAGCACAUCACUUUAUCAGAAACUAAAGACGUCAAUGACAUUAUUUUUACUAAAGGUUAUUAUAAAGAACCAGAACAACAGCAAGAUCAACAAAUUGGACUGUAUAAAAGUUUUACUAUUCUAAAAGAUUCUUCUAAUUAUAGAAAACAGAUGAAUUCUAUUAAUAAGAAUGAGAAUAUUUUAUACAAAUUCAAAAUAAACAUAAUAGAACUUAAGGAAGUUUGGAUGUUAAUGGUAAGGAAACGUGACGAAUUUUCUGAAUUCAUGAUUAAAAGUUUGGAAUCCGAUUCACAAAUAUUAUUAAUUAAUGUUAGACUGAAACGGCCAAUUUUUUCAAACUUAAACAAGCCAAUUCCUUAUGCAGAACAUAUAAGGAAUGAAGCUUUAAAAAUUGCCAAUCAGCUUGAAUCAUCAUAUAUUGCAAUACAUUGGAGAAUGGAAGGAGAAUUGCCAGAGAAUAUGCCAAAUUGUGCCAUAGAAUUGGUUAAAGCAAUACAAAAAAUAAGAGAAGACACUGGAAUAAAAAAUGUUUAUUUGGCAACUGAUUUCCCCAUAACUUGUGAGAAGAAUGGUAGUAUAAGUAUAAAUGCUGGGAAUAUUGAUAAACAUACUCAAUCUAUCACUUUUCAUGAUAUUACAUUUGAUCACAUUAAAGCAAUGAAGAUACUAAUUUCUGCAAUAAAAGACAUCAAAACUUGGAAAUCUUUAAAUGCUUUUGGAUAUUUAAAUUACAUUGGAAAAGAAGAGCAAAAUAAUGGAGAUCUUUUAGUUAAUGAAUUACAAGGUUCUGAUGUACAAGGGAUAUUAGAUAAAUUAGUUUGUAUAAAUUCAAAUUAUUUCUUAAGUGGUCCAGAAGGUUGCUGUAAAGUACUAUCAAGUUAUACAAGACAAAUUGCAAAUUCAAGAGAACAAUUGUUGAGUGAAGGAAAUAAAAAUAUAUUAAAUAGUAUCACAAGAUGGAAAAAUAAUAAUUAG